AAUUGAGGUUUAAUAUAAAUAGGAUAUUUUUAAUUUAUACAUAAGAAAUGUUAAUUUAAUACUUGAAAGUGAUUGCGAAGAAUAACAAAUAUAAUUUUAGUAUUUUGAGAUGAAUUGUUGCUUUAAGCUUUUAGGCACUAAUUUAACUAUAAAACGAACAAUGCUUGUAAGCCAUAAUGUUUACGACGAAACAUUAAGAUUAUUUUCUAAUGAAAGAUUUAACUCACCAUUAAGAUUAUUCUCAAAUAAAAGAUUUAACAUCAAAGAGAUUAAUAUAAUAAUUUUAGGUGAUGUUUGAUAUUGUUAGUAUAAUAUAAUUCAUAUCAUACUGCUAAUCCUAGAAACUCAAGAGAAUCCGUCACCUACACUUCUGCUGUUUAAAACCUGAUGUAACUCUGUUUUAGUGUAAUUCUAUUUAAAGAUAAAGUCUAGCUUCAUACAAAGUCCUACCCACACUGUACUUCUAUAACCAGUGAAUAACUGUAUAUAUAUGUGCAUGGUACAUGCACAUAAACAUCAAUCAAACAAAAGAGUUGGUGAUGCAGAAGCAGAAGCACUAGUCCACAAGAACAAAACAUUGAGAUGGAAAAUAUGGGAGGAGAUAUUGGAACGGUACAAACAGAAGUUCAGGGUUUGGAACACGGAGUAGGGGAAGAGAGGAUUUCUUCACACGCAGAAGCAGCAAACGACAUAUUAAGCAUGACUGGACUGAGAGGUGAUGCACUCCAGAGCAAGCUGAGGAUUAAACAAGCCGUUCAAGUGUUGCAACAAAGCAAUGUAGCUGACAAUUUGGUAGCAGAUGUUGCAAAGAUACAAAUGGGAGUUCAGGGCAUGGAGCAAGGUUUGGGGGAAGAGAGAAUUUGUUCACAUUUAAAAGUGGCAAAUGGCAUGGAAAACACUGGUGAAAGAUGUAUUCAGCAUGUUGACGGAAGUGUCUCUCAUUGGAGACACACGGUUGAUGACCAUGAUAGUAGAAGAGAAGCAACAGAAAGAUUAGUGCAGACCAACGUAGGUGCAAGCCCAUCUGGAGGCAAUGAUAUUGAUAAUGCCAUUUCAACCAGUCCACACGAACAAAACAACGAAGCUGACAAUUUGGCAGGAGAUGCACCAGAUAUGAAUGAGGUUGAGAUCUAUAAUUUUUUAAUGAAGGAUAAUACAGUGAACGGGGCUGGAGGAGUAGCACAGCCUGGUGCAGGAGCAUUUGAAGAGAAUACAAAUGUGAUACGUUCUUGGUUAAUGGAUGAUGAAGUCUCAACCAUUGGUAUCUGGGGGAUGGGAGGGGUCGGUAAAACGACAAUGCUGGAACGUAUCUACAAGGAGCUUCUAGAAAGACCAGACAUUUUACAUCAUGUUUACUGGGUGACCGUGUCUCAAGAUUUCAGUAUUUAUAAAUUGCAGAAUAAAAUUGCUAGACUUCUACAUUUAGAUCUUUCAAGCGAAUAUGAAAUCCAACCAAGAGCUGUGAAAUUGUCAGAAAAACUAGUGAACAAACAAAAAUGGAUUCUCAUUUUAGAUGAUCUGUGGGAGUCUUUUGAUCUACACAAAGUGGGAAUUCCUAUCCCAUUAAAAGGAUGCAAGUUGAUUUUUACAACUCGACUAAAAAUCAUUUGUCAGCAGAUGGGUAGCAAACACAAAAUAAAAGUGAAGCCAUUUUCGGAGACAGAAACUUGGACUUUGUUCAUGGAUAAACUUGGAUAUGACAUUCCACUUUCUCUAGAAGUGGAACGCAUCGCAAAAGAUGUUGCAAAGGAAUGUGCCGGUUUGCCAAUUGCAAUUACUACAAUGGCAGGAAACUUGACGGGAGUGGAUGACCUAGAUGAGUGGAAAAAUACAUUGAAGGAAUUGAAAGAAUCAAAAUAUAGUGACAUGGAUGAGGUAUUCCGGAUAUUGAGGUUUAGUUAUGAUCGGUUACACGAUUUAGCUCUACAACAAUGUCUGUUAUACUGUGCAUUAUUUCCUGAAGGUCAAGUGAUUGAAAGGGAAGAGUUGAUAAGUAAUUUGAUCAAUGUGGGAAUAAUUGAAAGAAUGGAGAGCAGGCAAGAAGCACUUGACAAGGGUCACAAAAUGCUUAAUAGACUUGAAGGUGUCUGCUUAUUGGAUAGAAUUGAUGAUGGUAAUGCUAUCAAGAUGCAUGACUUGAUUAGAGAUAUGGCCAUCCAAAUACGCAAAGAGAACCCAUCAGUCAUGGACAAAAUGAGUCGACCAAAGGAUCCUUUUUGGAAUCAUGUUGAAGAUAUGAAUGGUAGUAGCAAGAAGUGUAAGUUUUGUGGGCAUGAAUUUGCCAAGAGCACUUCCGUUACGAGGAUCAAAUUGCAUUUAUCAGGACAGAGAGGGCGUGGUGUUAAAAUCUGUAAAGACGUUCCAGAAGAGGUUCAAGAAAUAGCCUUUCUAGCUACACUUGAUGGCACUCCAGGAAGAAAACGUAAAACUGUAGCAGGCUCAAGAAAUAACGAGGUCACUAUUGCAAUUGAUGUCAAUAUGAGUGAUAGAGAGAACGGGACUGGAGAAGUAGCGGAGAAGCUGCUGGAUGCUGGAGAAAGUUCACGCCCAGGAGAAAAAUCAGGAUGGACUUUGCUGAUGACGAACUUAAUUCUAGAGUUUGCAUCUGCAGUUUCUGACCAGCUGAGUUAUGCAUUAAUUGGCAUGGUGUUGGCAUAUGUAGCUCUGCUUCUUGCUACUGCUGAACUGAUCCUUUACAUGGCACGAAAGAAAAUAAUGAGCCUAUUGCCCUGUUUCCAUCGCCGAUCGACCAGUCCUUCCGCACCUGGAGAGGCUGUUGGCACUUUUGUUGUGUAUUUUGGAUUGGUUGGUGCUGCCUGGCAAUGCAUUUAUUCGACAAUGCAGUAUACAUAUGCUCGUCAGCAGAAAGCUAAUCCAAUUAAGAUGUGUCUUCUGCCUUUCCUUUUCGUAUUAUGUGUGGUAUUUUCCAAAUUAAACAGCAAUAGAAUUCCUCAGACAAGAGUGCUUAGGAACGGUAUAUUUUCUUAUCUAAAAAAAUGGUAGUGUUUUGUUUUAAGGACUAUAUAUUUUUUAGUGGAAUGUGUCGAAGACUUUGAGACAGGAUAUGAUCUCGUCUUCUUAUUGUUUUAAAUUUCUUGCAGCUCUAUAUCAAUUCUGGUCUUUAAUAUCUUAAU